AUGGCUGCAGUCUUAAAAAAAUCCGGUGUCAUCUACGGUGACGACGUCAGAGAACUCUUCACCUACGCCAGAGAGCAAGGUUUUGCCAUUCCUGCCAUCAACGUGACUUCUUCGUCCACCGUUGUUGCUGCUUUGGAAGCCGCCAGAGACAACAAGGCUCCUAUCAUCUUGCAAACCUCGCAAGGUGGUGCUGCCUACUUUGCCGGUAAGGGUGUCUCCAACACCGACCAGAACGCCUCCAUCAGAGGCUCCAUUGCUGCUGCCCACUACAUCAGAUCCAUUGCGCCAGCCUACGGCAUCCCAGUCGUUUUGCACACCGACCACUGUGCCAAGAAGUUGUUGCCUUGGUUCGACGGCAUGUUGAAGGCCGACGAGGAGUUUUUCGCCGCCAACGGCACUCCUUUGUUCUCCUCGCACAUGUUGGACUUGUCUGAGGAGACCGACGACGAGAACAUCGCCACCUGUGUCAAGUACUUCACCAGAAUGGCCAAGAUGAACCAAUGGCUCGAGAUGGAGAUUGGUAUCACCGGUGGUGAAGAGGACGGUGUCAACAACGAGCACGUGGACAAGGAGUCCUUGUACACCCAGCCAGAGACCGUUUUCGCCGUGCACAAGGCCUUGGCCCCAAUCUCGCCAAACUUCUCCAUUGCCGCCGCCUUCGGUAACGUCCACGGUGUCUACAAGCCAGGUAACGUUGUGUUGAGACCUUCCAUUUUGGGCGAGCACCAAAAGUACGCCCACCAACAGGUUGGUGGCUCCAACCCUAAGCCAUUGUACUUGGUUUUCCACGGUGGUUCCGGCUCCACCCAAGAGGAGUUUGACACUGGUAUCAAGAACGGUGUCGUCAAGGUCAACUUGGACACUGACUGUCAAUACGCUUACUUGACCGGUAUCAGAGACUACGUCUUGAACAAGAAGGACUACUUGAUGUCCCCUGUCGGUAACCCAGAGGGCGACGACAAGCCAAACAAGAAGUACUUUGACCCAAGAGUGUGGGUCAGAGAGGGUGAGAAGACCAUGAGCGCCAGAAUCACCGAGGCCUUGAACAUCUUCCACACCAAGGGCCAAUUGCCAUGA